UCUUUUGCAUGCGAUUGGACUCUUUCUUUGCGUUUCACUGCCCAUUCCUAUCUGAUUUCCAAUCAUUCUGCCCCCCGCCCUUAGUCUUUUUCCAUUCUCCGCCUCUAUUUUUCUUUUGGAGCUUAUGUUGUUUUUCGCCUUUUUUUUUUUUGGUUUUCCAAGAAUGCGGGAAUUCUAGGGUUUCGUUUUUGGAUUUGGGUGACUGGGUUUUUUUCGUUUCUUUGUUUGGAUGAUGGUGAGGGUAUAUUAGGUAGGAGAAUGAUUGACGAGAUAGAAUGGAAGAGUUAGAAUUGAUUGGGAAACUAGUUUUUUCGUUAAGUCUUGCAAGAAGAAUAUUCUUUCAGGGUUCAUGAUAAUUUUCUUAAAUGAUUUGCUGCCAAUUUACUGCUCAUGGUUUCAAAUUUGGUGCCAUGGUUUUUCUGUUUGUGAGGAAGUGGACCUUCCACAUCUCAGGGUCCUUCCAAGCUGAUUUGAAGGAUGCCUUUAUUAAGAAGGAAGCCUUUCCCUUUGGCAGAACCACCUAAGGAUCUUGAGCCUCGUGAGCUUGUAUACCAAGUUAGAUUUACAAAAGAGAUAUUUCGGGAUUAUCAUGAGUACUUGAACAGGAUUAAUUUGUAUCGUCAGAGAGUUUGGAUGUGCAGAGUCACUGGGAAGACUAGCUUAACUUAUGAAGAGGCUCUGGUGUCAGAAAAACGUGCUACUGAGAAGGUCCAACAAUUUCCCAAAGAAGUUGUGGUACCUGCACUGCGCACCAUACAAUACAGUAUGCUUUCAUUGAAAGAUCUUGCUGACACAAUAGCUGCAAAGUUGCAAAACUGCUUGUAUGUGGGUGCUGAACUGAGUGGCAAGAAGGAUGAUGGUGUUUAUCGAUGCAAAAUUUUGAAAGUGCUUGAGGACGGUGGUACAGUUAGAUAUAAGGUUGCAUGGGUUGAUAGAAGUAAGAAAGUUGUUGAGACUUCGGUAAUGACUGGGGAGGAUCUAAUACAAAAGAAGCAGCCAUUUAGUAGAAAUGUUUUGAAGUCUUUUAUUCGGGAAUCUACAUGCCGAAGUUCUCCGUGGGUCCUUCAUGAUGAACUGGCAAGAAAACAUGGAAUCUCAACUGAUCUUCCAGAAGACUUAAGGGGCAAAGUGUCUUUAAAGGACGGACUAAUAAUAUGCAAUAAAAAGAGAAGGAAAAAUGAGGAAGAUAAUCAUAGUAACAUGGAGGGAAAAAACGAGCUUAAAAAAUAUAAAAGGAGGAAAGUUGAUGUUUCAACUUCAGAAAAUAACAAUGUGAAAGAAGAAAAUGAACCAAAGGAGGAACCUAUCAAAUAUCCAGUUGAUGAUCUGUUGGUGAAACCUGGUGCAGAUGAUCCAGUUUUUACAGAUCGCCCUUCUCCAUCAAGGGACUUCAAUGUUCCAAUGGAAUGUGUUGGAGAUCUUUUAAUGGUUUGGGAUUUUUGUUCAUCUUUUGGUAGGCUGUUGCAUUUGUCGCCUUAUUCUCUUGAAGAUUUUGAAAACGCUCUCUUUCACAAGGAAGGCAAUGUGAUUCUUCUGGUGGAAACUCAUUCAGCUCUUCUUCGGUUGCUUAUAAAGGACAAUGGCAAAUAUUUUUUGGCUGUACAGAAACGAAAUCGUAAGCUGAAGAUUACAUUAAUCAAUUGGGCAGAGUACUUGUGUGAUUUAUUAGAAAUGGUUGACAUUCCUGAAUUACACACUCAUAUUUCAACCAUUAAGCGGGGGCAUUAUGGUCUUCUAGAUGUUCAUACUAAAUUGGGAAUCUUACUACACUUGGUCAAUCAUGCAAUCGGAACAGAUAUUUUUAGGGAGAAGUUGGAUGAGAUUAUUGAACAAAGGCAUGUCCUGGGGGCCACAAGAAGGGGGGAAGCAUUGGAGGAAGCCAGAAAGAAAAGGGAAGAGAAAGAACAGUUGAAAGCAAAGCCUGAUGCUAAUGGCGUGGUGGAUUUGAAGAAUGUGGAUAAUGUAUUAUCAAAUGGUUAUGACAUAACACAGCAAGGGGAUAAAGUUAUGAAAAAAAAUGGUGAGGUCAGUUCAUCUCAAGAGGACCAUGCAAUGGGUAAAAGUGAGAGCAAGGAUUUGGACACUGCAUCAAAGACAGUCAAAAAAGAUAAUGUAGAUGUAAAAAUCCCGAUAGAAAAUGGGAAAGAUUCUUCUAGGAAAGAAGCACUGAAACAGUUGAAGGAUGAGAGAAAAGAUGCAACAGAAGGGCGUAAUAAAGAACAGAGGAAAGAAUUUUAUGAGCGGGAGAUGGAGAAACGCUUUGUGCGGACCAGCCCCUUGGGCCGAGACAGAAAUUAUAAUAGGUACUGGUGGUUUCGACGUGAUGGAAGAAUAUUUGUUGAGAGUUUUGACUCCAAGCAGUGGGGAUACUACAGUAGCAAGGAAGAGGUUGAUGCACUGAUGGGCUCACUGAACUGUAAAGGGGAGAGAGAGAGGGCACUUAAGAAGCAGCUGGAAAAAUUCUAUUCAAGAAUAAGCUCGGAACUCCAAAAGAAAACAAAGGGCUUGGCUCACAGGAUUGCACUGGAGGAGGCUGUGCUGCGAAGAUCUACUCGUGUACGAGCUCCACCUAGGGAGAAUCCUGCUAAUGCCUUCCUAAGAUAUGUUAACAAGUGGAAGGAGGACUAACUAAUCUGAGUUUGGUUAUGGGGGCCAAAGUUACAGCUCAUAUAAUUCAAUAGCUUGUACAUCUCCAUACAUUUAUCAUUUAACUUGCAAAAAUAGGACAAAGGAGAAUAGAAUUUUCAUGACGGCACUGUAUUAGUUGUUAUUUUCUGUGGGGUUGGCGGCUGGAAAAAGAGUAGGGAUGGACCUGUUUUUCAAUCCAUUCUUCUAAUAUCGGACAAGCAUGUAUUAUGCUUCCCCCUCCCAUUUUUGUAAAUGACUCGACAUUCUUUUUCAGAGAUAUCAGAGAGGCUACUGGGUGUCAUUCUUUAAUUUAA